AUGCAAACCAAGAGGAUCCUAGGACCCCUCACCGGUGGCACCUGGUGGCUCUAUACGAGGAGAACCAAGUUUUCAGGGAUCAACCAGCGCAAGCCAUGGGGGACCGAUCAUGGGUUUCUCCUUCUCCUGCGGCGCGGAGGCAAAGAAGAACCGGGCUCAUGGAGAUUGCAAAAGAUGAUUCGCCUGACCAGCCUCCAUUUCUCGAAAAUGAUAGCAGCAGGUGCCUCGUUCCUUGCUCUGUGGGCUGUUGGGAACGCUGCGCCGAACAGCAUCUCAAGCCUUAAAUUCCAUGUCCGAAAUGGCACAUACGUUGGUGUGAGAAAUGCAAACUACCAGCAGGACUUCUUCCUGGGGAUGCCAUAA